AUGUGCUUCAAUUCAGCCGGCAUGGGCGCAAAGCUUUCAUCCCUCUUGCAUAUUUCCUCCGCUGUCGUCCUUCCACCAAAUGCCCGCCAGGUUGUCACGUCUGGGCAGACCGGAAUGCGCGAAGACCUCAGCUACCCGUCAUCGCUGGUCGAGCAGUUUGACCUAGCUUUCGCAAAUGUGGAGGCGUCUCUCGCUGCUGCGGGUGUGCAGGGUGGGCUUCACGCUGUUUACCAGAUGACCUCGUAUCAUGCUGGAGGUUUGAGCGGCGGCGAGGUGGACGAGGCUAUGGAGUUCGUGGUGGAGAAGUACUUUGGCAAAAAUCGUCCUGCUUGGACCGGGAUUGGGGUGAACGAGCUAUAUGGGGAGGCGAGGAUUGAAAUUACAGCCUAUGCUACCCUAGUGGAUUGA